AUGCGCUCCCUCGUGCAGUACAUGUACCUGACGCCGAAACCCGAAGACUUUCUCAAACUUAUGCCCGCGCCACGGCCUCAGAUCUACACCGUCCUCGGCUCAAACAUAUUAUGCAUGCUCCUCCACCUCCUUCUCGCCCUCCCAGAAGCAAGCGAGACCAUGCGGGGCUAUCUACAUGGGGGCGUCAUCAUCGACUUUGUGGGACAGAAGGCGCCGACGUCCAGGCUUGGCCUCUUGCUGUUGGACUGCCUGGUCCUAGUACUACAAUGUGUCAUGUGCGCGGUGUGGCUGGAGAAGGACCGCCUCAAGAAGAUCGAGGUCACACUACGAAGCGUUUCCGCGGGGGGCGUUCCAAAGAGGAACGCCCACACCACGACGAUCCCACAAGUGGCCAGCGUGGCCGCGGGAGACAACCCAUCGACUCAGGAUCUGGAUGCCGAAGAGCGAGGCGUCCUAAGAGAUGACCCGCUGGGCGAGGACGAAUCCCGGGACAUCGAAUUACAGCCGUUAGUGACCGGCCGGCCGGCGCCCCAGGCGACUGCCGAGAGCAGCAGUACCGGGCACCUUGAAGCUCGUUAUCAACGGAUCUUGAGGUCACUGGGCGGCUCGGGGUCUCAAGAGCAAGGAGCAGACAGGCCGAGCUUACUGGACGUGCUGAUGUCCGGGAACGGUCUUUUGGCAAACUUCCACGUCGUGCACUCCGUACGCACGUUAGCCGCCGAGAGUAACGGCGCCUCCAGCGUGGCCGGCUACCCCUUGCGUUUGACCGGAUACACCACAACGUGGGCUGCGCUCGCCGCUCAGAGCCAGGCAAGAUUAGAACGCCGUACAAGACAGCGAUGA